UCCCUCCCGUGCUCCCAACCACUUUCAGGGUCUCCCCCGGUCCACCAACCUCACCGCCUCUCCCAACGCCCUCUUUCUUCUCUCCAAGAGAGAAAGAAAGAAAGCUCGCGCCAGAGAGAGUGGGCGAGGCUCUCGAGGGCUGGGGUACAAUUCUUACGGAGCGAUCCUGCGAGCGAUCGAAGGUCGGCGGGGCAAUGGAUUCGGGAUCGAUGAAGCCCUCGGCACUGGAUCCGUUAUCGGCGAUCCUAACUGGGAAGUUUGGCGGCGACGGCGUGUCGCCGGAGACGGUGACGGCGAUGAUCACCGAGAACCGACAGCUGCUGAUGAUUCUGACGACCUCGAUCGCGGUUCUCGUGGGUUGCGCCAUCGUUCUUGUGUGGCGGCGGUCGGCCGGGAAGAAGGUGAGCCGGCCGGUGGAGCCGCCGAAGCCGCUGAUGGUAAAGACGGACCUGGAGUCUGAAGUGGACGACGGGAAGAAGAAGGUCACCAUCUUCUUCGGCACGCAGACCGGCACCGCGGAAGGGUUUGCCAAGGCCCUUGCGGAGGAGGCUAAAGUGCGAUACGAUAAAGCUACUUUCAAAGUCGUCGAUUUGGACGAUUAUGCAGCAGAUGAUGAGGAGUAUGAGGAGAAAAUGAAGAAGGAGAUGUUAGCUCUGUUCUUCUUGGCUACGUAUGGAGAUGGGGAACCAACUGAUAAUGCCGCCAGGUUUUAUAAAUGGUUUACUGAGGGGGAAGAAAGGGGGAAUUGGCUAGAGAAUCUUCAGUAUGCUGUGUUUGGUUUGGGGAACAGGCAGUAUGAGCAUUUCAAUAAGGUUGCUAAGGUGGUUGAUCAGAUCCUCGCUGAUCAGGGUGGGAAGCGCCUGGUCCCAUUGGGUCUUGGAGAUGAUGAUCAAUGCAUUGAGGAUGACUUUACUGCAUGGAAAGAACUUCUGUGGCCUGAGCUAGAUCAAUUGCUUCAUGAUGUAGAUGAUGUUUCAGGUGCAUCUACUCCUUACACAGCUGCUAUACCUGAAUAUCGGGUUGUCUUGAUCAAGCCUGAAGAAGCUGCACAUCUGGAUAAAAGUUGGAGUCUUGCAAAUGGCCAUGCUGUUCAUGACAUUCAACAUCCGUGCAGAGCUAAUGUGGCUGUGCGGCGGGAACUUCAUACGCCAGCUUCUGAUCGGUCCUGUAUUCAUUUGGAGUUUGAGAUUGCUGGCACUGGUCUUAUGUAUGAAACUGGAGACCAUGUUGGUGUAUAUGCAGAAAAUUGUACUGAGACUGUAGACGAGGCAGUAAGGCUGUUGGGUUAUUCAUCAGAUACAUUUUUUACUAUUCAUGCUGACAAAGAGGAUGGCACGCCACUAAGUGGUAGCUCACUACCACCUCCUUUCCCAUCUCCAUGCACAUUAAGAACUGCACUUGCCCGAUAUGCGGACCUCCUGAAUUCACCCAAGAAGAGUGCUUUAGUUGCAUUAGCUGCACAUGCAUCUGAUCCUAGUGAAGCCGAGCGGUUAAAGUUUCUGGCUUCACCUACUGGAAAGGAUGAAUAUUCUCAGUGGAUAGUAGCAAGUCAGAGGAGCCUCCUGGAAAUUAUGGCCGAGUUCCCUUCUGCCAAGCCUCCAUUGGGAGUUUUCUUUGCAGCUAUAGCCCCUCGUUUGCAACCUAGAUAUUACUCGAUAUCAUCUUCACCAAGGAUGGCACCAACUAGAAUUCAUGUGACAUGUGCAUUGGUGUAUGGACCAACACCAACAGGAAGGAUUCACAAGGGAGUCUGUUCAACCUGGAUGAAGCAUUCUGUUCCAUUGCAAGAAAGCCAAGAAUGUAGCUGGGCUCCUACUUUUGUGAGACAGUCAAAUUUUAAACUGCCUGCAGAUUCCUCUGUGCCCAUUAUAAUGAUUGGCCCUGGCACAGGGCUGGCACCCUUCAGGGGCUUCUUGCAGGAAAGGUUGGCACUGAAGGAGGCCGGCACACAACUUGGUCGUUCUAUUCUCUUCUUCGGAUGCAGGAAUCGUAAAUUGGACUUCAUUUACGAGGAUGAGCUGAAAAAUUUUGUUGAAACAGGGGCUCUUUCUGAGCUCAUUGUUGCCUUCUCUCGUGAGGGCCCGACUAAGGAAUAUGUGCAGCAUAAAAUGGCUGAGAAGGCCUCUGACAUAUGGAGUGUCAUCUCUCAAGGUGGUUACAUUUAUGUAUGUGGUGAUGCAAAGGGAAUGGCUAGAGAUGUCCAUCGAACACUACAUACCAUUGUUCAAGAGCAGGGAUCUUUGGAUAGCUCCAAGACUGAGAGCAUGGUGAAGAGUCUGCAAAUGGAGGGUAGAUAUCUGAGGGACGUGUGGUGAGUUUUUCCUUGAAGUGGUUGCCCAUCGGAUCUUUAGAUGCAGCGGCACGCCCUCGUGGAAACUUAAUUCUAGGCAUCCAACACCUCCGGGAAGUAGGCUUUGGGGCUGGGGGCAGUAUAAGCGUGCCCCUAUUUCUCAGCCACCACAGACUUAUGUUGUCUCGAUUAUGUGAUUCUUUUACAAUAUUCUAAUAAGGAUUUAUAUUAUAUAUAAUAUUUGUAUAUUUUUAUUAUUGGGCUGUUUUGUUGGAAAAAUAAGUAGUAUAUCAUGAAGGAGAGGGGUUCUGCUGGUAAUCGAACACCGAAGACAUUUUAUACAGGAAGCUGUAGUAUGUAUAAGUGGAUUGCCCAUCUUGUGUGCCUUGCAAA